AUAACACAUUUCUUCAGGGUUUCAUCCAAAAGCCUUAGCAUUCCUGGUCAUUAAAAUGAAUAACACAUUGUUUUAUUAUUUAUUUUAAGAAACAACAUUUCCAUUCUUAAACUGGAAACACAACUGUGAAAUAAAUUUUAUAAAAUAAGGCUUUGAAAGCAAAGGUUUUUAUAAUUGAUACUGUCGCUUCUAUCCACAAUAUUCUCAUUUAAAUUGGGUAUGUAUUCUCAUUUUACAGUAAUAAAAUUGAGAGAUACUAAGUGACUUUGCUGAAUUAAUGCCACAAGUAAGUGGUAGAACUAGGAUUCAACUCACAUCUGUCCGACUUCCAUACUUUUUUAAAUACUGUCAUUUUUUACCAUUUUCUAUCUUCCUUACAAUACUUGAGUCUUAAGUGGGAUUUUAAGUUAGUUUGCUGAGGGCACUGGGAUCAGAAUUUUGGAUUGUGGAAUAAACUGGAUAUUAAACUGUGGAGGUAACGAAGGGUAAUUGUUAUGUGAUGGAAAAAGUAAGCUGUGAAAAAUCUGUCUUUAACUUUCCAUUUUCUUUUUAUCUUUGGUUAUCUGCAGAUAAGGACCUUACUCUAGACCAUAUAGGAUGCUUCUUUAUAAUGGAUUCAUCAUGCACAGCAAAAGAGUAAAAAUGGUAUUUUCUGUUGGAAGUUGGGGGAGGAAGGACCUUAAAACAGUAAUUCUUACAUUGUCAUCCAUUAACAAGUUUAAGAAGACGAGCAAAAACCAAAUUAAAGUAGAUCUUGUAGAUGAGAAUUUUACAGAAUUAAGAGGAGAAAUAGCAGGACCUCCAGACACACCAUAUGAAGGAGGAAGAUAUCAGCUAGAAAUAAAAAUACCAGAAACAUAUCCAUUUAAUCCCCCUAAGGUCCGGUUUAUCACUAAAAUAUGGCAUCCUAAUAUUAGUUCCGUCACAGGGGCUAUUUGUUUGGAUAUCCUGAAAGAUCAAUGGGCAGCAGCAAUGACUCUCCGCACGGUAUUAUUGUCAUUGCAAGCCCUGUUGGCAGCUGCAGAACCAGAUGAUCCACAAGAUGCAGUAGUAGCAAAUCAGUACAAACAAAAUCCUGAAAUGUUCAAACAGACAGCUCGACUUUGGGCACAUGUGUAUGCUGGAGCACCAGUUUCUAGUCCAGAAUACACCAAAAAAAUAGAAAACUUAUGUGCUAUGGGCUUUGAUAGGAAUGCAGUAAUAGUGGCCUUGUCUUCAAAAUCAUGGGAUGUAGAGACUGCAACAGAAUUGCUUCUGAGUAACUGAGGCAUAGAGAAAGAGCUGCUGAUAUAGUCAAGCUUGCCCUUUCUUGAGGAGCAUCAACAUCUGUUAUUUUUAGGAUUCUGCAUAGAUUUCUUUUAAACUGGCAUUCUUGCCUAAUGAUGUUAUCUAGGCACCAUUGGAGACUGAAAAAAAAAUCCCUGCUCUGUAAAUAAAGCUAAUUAAACGUCUGUGUAAAUUUAAAAAGGGGAAAUACUUUAAUUUUUUUCUUAAUAGUGUAAAAAUUCUUUGAGCUAAGCUGAAACCAUGGAAAAAACAUGCUACUUUAGUGUUUAGCAGUGUACCAAGACUAGCAAGAGUUUGCUUCAGGAUUUCGUUGAAUAAUUAAGAUAAUAUUUUGAGUGUGUCAGGGCCAUUCAAAUUGUUGGUGUUGCAUCACAGCUACCUUAACUGUUUUUAACAUGGAUCCUCUGUGCCUGUGAAUUUACUUGCAUGCUUGUACUUGACUUCUUAGGAUGGGUAGCUGAAAAGACCACCAUUUUAAGCAUUUGAGAAUUCUUAAAUAUGAGAUUUAUCCAGAAUUGAAGAUGGUGACCUAUUCAGAGCCUUUUUGUCCUUGUCCACAGACUGGGACACCAUAUCUAUUUUUCCCCCUCUUACCACACACAGCUAAUAUUCUGAUGGUAAAUUUGUAUUCUGUAUUUGUUGGGGAAAUAAUGCCGAGGGGCAUUACCCCUUGCUCCAUUUUUAGGUCGUCCAUUUGGAAUGUUUUGUUACAAUUCUCCACUCCUAAAACUUUCCUAUGUGAGUAAUAACGUAAAAAUGGAGCUGCCAAUUUUGUUCCUCUUGCAGAAACAGCAAAUAUUUGAUGUUGCAGUAUUCCCAAGAUUUAAUGAAAGAACCCAACUUAGUUUUUCAGUGAAUUUGACAUCUUUCUAUUUUUAAACUGAUGAAAUUUUCUUUGAGCUCUUCCAAGGAUGCAAUCAACUAUUUGCAGUUUUUUAGCCUAAUUUUGGCUUUAUAGAGAUUGCUUUAUCAGGUACUUUAAAAGUCACUCUUGCUUGCAUUUACCCCUAUUGACACAUGAAAGCUGUGUGGUGUUUUACUGUACAUACUUCACAUACACAUAGGAAUAGAAGUGUGUUAUAAAUCUAGCUUUCUUUAUGAUGUUUCUGAUAAUAUGAGAAUUGAAAACUUUACCUUUUCUUGUACAUAGUCAGACUUUCUAUUCGUAUUAAAGUUACGUUUCAUUCUAAGUUCAAAAGUUUGAAAAUUAUUAGUUUUGCAAGCUCAAACACUAAUGUGACCAUUUUAUGAAGACUGAAAUGGACUUAUGCAGUCAGUUCUAUACAUAGAAACACAGUUCUUAUUAAAUUUUCAGGACCAAUGCAAAAUAACAAAAAUGUAAUGGAAUGAGAAUGAAUUAAAGUAAGGCUGUAUAUUGAAAGUCAUUUUAUAAAAGGUUUGCUUUCUUCAAGUGUUAUUUAUCCUAAAUUACAAUCGUUAAGUGUUUGCAAAAUAAUUUUGAACCAUAAAUUCAGCAUAAUUUCAUUUGACUUCUCAAUAAUCUUAGAAGCAAUAAAAGAACCAUUAUUAAAUAUAUUGUAAUGUUAAAGAUGUGAAGGUUCUUCCAAAAACUUGUAAGGCUUUCCUAAUUAAUAGUAAGCUCUUGUAGUUGAUAUUAUUGCAUACUAAACACAAGUUGGUAUGUUUUUUUCCCCUAUGUGUUUGCUUAAGUAUAAAUUCCUUUAUACAAUCACCUCCUUUAAUUGUUAUAGUUUAGUUACUUUCUAAGAUGCCAAAGGAAAUAAGAUUUUUCUUUAUUUAUUUUAAAUAGCUAAAACCUUGUACUUUAUAUUUUGAAGUAAGGUUGGGAUUGUGUGAAAAUGUGAACAGUUUUGUUCUACUGUUGGUUAGAAUUAACUUUUUUUUUUUUUUAAGUGGAGGGUGGCUUGGUAAUACUUGGAUUAUUUUAAAUAUCAAACACAUCUACCCAAUUUACUAUUUGCCUGUAUUAUCAGGGUAUAUUUAAUUCUCCUGUGGUUAGACAAAAGAACGAACUCAGAGAUUACUAAAGUCAAGCAUUACAUACUUAGCUCUUGGAGGCAGCUAUACCUUUAUACCUUGCCUUUGAUUUUUAUGCACAUUAACCCCAUCUACUCCUCUAACUACUCAGUGCCCAGGAAAUUGAAAAGUACAAUAUUUGGUAUGAGAGGUUCUCCAUAAUGCAGUUUUCACUUCAAAAAUUUAUUUACCUCAUUUACAUUAAAUGUGAUAAUUCCUCUUUCUGAUGUAUUUCCCACUGCCCUUCUUCUUUUUUAUUUCUCUACAGAUAGAUGUAUUUCCCCAAACAUAGAAAUUAAGGCAGUUGCUUUUUUUCCUUU